AUGUCGCGGGUGCGCCACGAGCGUGUGCAUGCCUCGUCCAUGGACAGGUCGCCGUCGUACCCAAGCCCUAUUGACGACUACUGCCGCGUGGCCAACCAAGCCCCGACAGGCUUGGAGUGGGUCUCGGCCAAGUCGUGCAGCUACCCGCAGGAGCUCGGUCUCUGCUUGCCCCAGCGCGCCUACAUCAAGACGAUCCGCAUCGCAACACACAGCGCGUACGCGCCCUCCAGAGUGGAGCUCCUGAUUGGCGACGACUCGGUUGUGGCGUCGCAUUAUCUCGACAUGGCCUCGCCCGAGGCCCGCGACGACCUGCCGCUGCACGUGUACUUUAGCACCGACUGCCGACCCCUCUGCACGGUCGAGUGGCGCGAAGCCACGUCGGUGGACGGCGCCGAGGAAAUGCGCGUCGACGUCCACGAACCGCUGAACGUGCUCAAGCUCAUUCUCCACGGUCCCCGCUCCAGAAAUGUCUACAACCAGGUGGCCAUCAUGCAGCUGGAUCUGCUCGGUGUCGAGAUGACGCAGCCUGCUGGGAACGAAACGAGAGCACAAGCCACCGUGGCUCGAAAGGUCUCGAUGGCGUCCAUCCAGCGCGCGCUUCUUGAGACGGGUGUGCCCAUGGACGUGGUGACCGACCUUGGCGCGCCGCCGGCUGCGGUCGACGAGUACACGCGCAAGGCCAUCGCGAGCGUCCUCCUCGUCAAGGCCGACUGCAUCGCCAGUGAAGCGUACGCUGACGCGCAGAUCUUAACCGAGCACAUUCGGUCGCUCUCGAGUCUCGGACAGCAAAUGCAGUCACUAUCCCGGCUCAAAACGGCCGCGAUUGGCAACGAAGAUUACGACGCAGCGCUGACCUACCAUGAGGCCAUGGCGGCGCUACAUACGACCCGCGAGCGAGCGAUCGCAAGUGCCUUUGCAAGCUGCCAGCCCUCACCACCACCUCAAGCUCAAGCGCAAGACGAGUUGGCCCGUGACGUGCCAAAGGAUGUCGAUCCCGAUCGCGCUCAUGGCAUGGAGUCGAUCUUUGAUCUGGCAAUUCGCGCCUGGCUUCGUGACGACCCAGGCCAUAGCCCCGUCAAGGGCAGUGACACGACGGUGUCUCGGCCGGCGCUACUACCGGCGACGACAAGCUUUCUCAACACGAUGUUUGGGGCCGUCUUUGUCCACGCCAGCGUCCACAGUAACUGGCGCGUGCGGCGGGCGUGUGUCGAGAUUGCCGAGCAGCACAUCGCCGUGCUACUGCCCACCUUUGACACCGAGACACUCUACGAGAUGUACAGCGUCUACCUCGACGCGAUCCUUCUGCACGAUAGCUCGGUGCCCGUCAUCCUCGCGCUCUUGCAUCUCGUGCGCUCCAUCUUCGAGAAGCCCAGUGAGGCGACGUCUUCGUUUGGCACCUACGGCCUUCGACGCGGCGUCUUGCGGCCGCUCGUGCACUCCAUCACCCGCCAACUAUUGCAUUUUUGCGCCAAGUUCAACACGCUCUUACGAGAAGAGUGCAUUCGGACGCUGCGCUUCCUCGUGCAGCAGCGCCAUAUCGCCGACGUCGUCUUGGAGGCGACGUGGCAGAGCACGCAACACGCGGAAGCGUCGACCUUUGAGACGCUCCUCGGCCUCAAGUGUCUGCAGGAUCUGCUCUACACGUUUGCCGCGGCCGACAUUCCGCUACCCAAGAACAAGCCGCUCAUGGCCGAGAUGCAAUUUUAUAUGAAGGCGCAUGUGAACGAUGCGAGUGCGGAUGUGAGCGGCACCGCUCUCGAGUGCCUCACGCUCCUCUCGGCGCUGUCGCAACAGGACGCGCUCGCGGUCUCGCUCGAAGUGGAGGCCCACGUGCCACUGUUUCGCAAAUUCCCCUUUGACACGAUGGAGCUCCACCGGCUCACAGCGCAUGUCGAGACGUAUGCACGACUGCAUGGCUUGCCGACGCAGCUGCGCACUUAUGUCCUCGACGAAAAGUCUCUCGACGGCUUUGACACACGGCUCCAGAAAGGGUCCGUCGCGUUCGUUGGCAGCGUGGAGAAGCGGCGAGAGCGUAAUCAAGUGCCGUCCAACCAAGAGCUCACGUACUAG